AUGGACCAACCAUCUUUAGUUUUAAUUGGUAAAAAACGCAUUUGGAAAUUUUUGAGAGGAGCGUAUAACUUUAAUAAAAUAUCUAACAAACAAAAAACAAAGAAAGUAAUAGAAGAUAUGUGGAUAUUUUGUUACAAUCAGUUCAGACUAAAGAUAUGGAAUCAAAGAUGCGAGAUAGUAUCAGAAAUAGAAAAAGAUCAAGGAUUAACGAAAAAAGAUCUACGGUUGAAAAGAAAAGCAUAUGAUGUUAUUGAUGAUGUGGACGCGACUAGAAAAAUGAACGAAAAUGGAAAAACAAAUAAAAAUGAUAAAAACAUACAAAAAAAAUUAAUUAAAAAAAUUAAAUUAGUAAUGAAAGAUCGUUUGAUAGGUAAGAUCACGGAAGAAGACUCGAUUAAAAAUAAUUGGUAUACAAUGACGAAAUUAGCUCAAUAA